UCGGUUCGGUUCAGUUAGGAGGCGUAUUCGUAGUGAUUCAAUCGAGCGCGGGUACUCAGUGCAAAGGCAAAGCUUCGUGCAAUCGGACGGACACAAUGGAAAAGUUUCCGGGACUACUGGGGCUAGGACUGGUGCUCGCGGGUCUCCUGCUAGCGGCAGGCACUUUGAAUGCCCUGCCCAUGACGAAUGAUCUUGAGCUGGUGGCUGCCUUUGAUGCCAUGGAGCCAGUACCAGAAGCAGCAGCAGCAGCAGCCGCCGCCCAGCCAUCGCACAUUUCACGCAUCGCUGCACGAGGCAAAGUAGUGGCUACCGCCCAAGAGGAUCGUCCGGAGCUGUUCAACACCAUUGUGCAGGAGCUGCAGUCAGCUGGUGUUUACACGGCCGAGCGCCGGGAUCUAAACACACUCAGCUAUAAGGAGCUAACCCGCCUCCUGGGCCUGUGGCACCUGUCGUCGGGUCGCAACUAUUACGAGGCGAGUGCCGCUCCCGCAGUGACCGCUGGCUAAAGUGCGACGCUUCGUCUUUUCGAUCGCUUGUUUUGUUUUUGCUCAUUUAUUAUUAUUGUGUUGCCAAAAGUGUAACUUUGAAAUAAAGAAAGACAACUGCUCCGCUACGCUA